AUGGAUGAAGAUUUAAACCAUAAUUUAUUUUUUAAAACAAUAAAAUUCAAAUUUCCAAAAAUAUUUAAUACUAUAGAAUCAAAAUGUUAUACAUUAUGUAUUCCACAAUCACCUUCUCUUUAUAGAAUGAAUAUAACACAAAAAAUAGUUGGUAAGUUAAUAAUAAACAAUAAUAAUAAUAAUAAUAAUAAUAAUAAUAAUAAUAAUAAUAAUAAUAAUAAUAAUAAUAAUAAUAAUAAUAAUAAUAAUAAUAAUAAUAAUAAUAAUAAUAAUAAUAAUAAUAAUAAUAAUAAUAAGCAAUAA